AUGGAGGGCUAUAUUCAUGGCCAUGAGUACCAUGAGGCCAAAGAGCCACAAAGAGGUCCCUCACGAUCAGUGACUGACCUUUUUUCUAAGUUGUAUUUUCUAGUCACUGGUGCCGGAGAUUGGACCAUAGUCAUCAUCGACGCGAUCCUCGAAAGGGGCGGGGAUGUUGAUUCAGUCGCGUAUUACCCCUUGGAUGUGACGGAUGACAAGACACUGGAUAAGAUGUUCUCCAAAUUUAUCCCAACCCUCCGCCAUUCCGUAAGAAGACUGGUCUCUGCUGCUGGAAUGGCUUGUUUGGGGUCGGCUGCUAUGUUUGAAGUGGCCAAAUUUCGGCAAGUGCUGGAUACCAAUACCACCUGGACAUUUCUCGUUGCUCAGGCGGCAGCCCAAGUGAUAAGGAAGGAUAAUGUUUCGACGUUUGACAGCCCGUGCUGGAACACUUCCAAUGCAGCUUCUCACCAACUGGCCCACUCUCUCAUGCCGUUGAUCCGAGUCAACACGCUGUCGUCUGGGAAUAUGCGGAAAUCACCUACUGAUAAAACACCAAGGAUACCGGGCUUGGAGUCAGCGUGGUCAAACGAGAACAUGUUGAACCGGUUGAGCACUCCGGGUGAGUAUCGGGUUCCGGUGGUCUUUCCGUUAGGUGAUGGCAGCAACUUUAUGACCAGUGCGGAUUUAAAGGUUGACGGAGGACAUUGCACGUGGUGA